AUGGACCCAGUCCACAGCUUGGCCAAUGCCGCCGCCGCAGCAGCAGCAGCAGCGUCCUCGUCCGCCUCAACUCUGAUGGCAGCUCGAGAAGAGGACGGCAUUGUCAAAGAGCCCUUGUCUACGACUCCUGGCAUUGCUUCCAAUCCCCUCACAGCUGUCACGCCUACUUCACCGCCUCCCUCAACGUCGAAGACAGAUGAGAGCUUGGCUCACAAUUCUAUGUACUCUCCAACCUCCCCUCAUCUGAUGCAUCCAGGGAGCCCUCCUCCGCGCAAAGAUACCUUGUCUUCCAUCUCGACACAGGCCACGACGGCCACUUUGGCCUCUGCCGAGACCAACAACACCUCGUACAGUGCCGACACCUCCCCUAGCUUACAUCAGUCUAUCUUCUCAGUAAAAGACGGCUCCGACGUCUCUAACACCCGCCGAGCCAGCAGGAGACGUACCGGUCCGUUGUCACAACAAUCUAGAGAGCGUGCAGCCUUAAUUAGAAAGUUGGGGGCAUGUCAUGACUGCCGUCGAAGAAGGGUUGCCUGUCACCCUAGUCAUCAUAAUAUGACUUGGGAAGAUCUUGUGCACCGAUUUCACAGAUCACAUAGCCCAAAUCCCUCCGAUAUCUCUCCUUCAAUGGGACUGGGACGACCCCUGAGCCCAAAUUCGUCACUGAGCGCCAUCCAGCAACCAAACUUCGUAACUGAAACCCAGCAAAUGGACGUUGACUCGUCUCCAGCAGCACAUCACCAACCUGGACGACACCCGCUUAACGAGGCCCGGAUCCGGACGCCUUUGCCCUCCGGCCCAAGGCUGGAAAAAUCUCUGUCCUUACCAGGGAUUGAGAGCCUCAAAAAUGAAUUGCAACAAAACUUGCCAAGAAUACUAUCAAUGUCCAACCGUGGGCGGUAUAAUUCUGUCCAAGUAUUGCUGCUCUUCUGGCACGAUGACGACGAUGUGACAAUCGUUCAGGAUGCCGUCCGAGAGCUCGCUCACGUUUUGGAAACGUCCUACCAUUAUUCUCUUCACAUUCAAGCUAUCCCAACUGCCUCUGACGGCUUUAAGAGCUCUUGGAGGUGGCUCUCCCGCCAACUCAACGAUUUCGCUGAGGAUCGCGAUCAUCGUGACGUUUUGAAAAUCGUUUAUUACGCCGGACACACGUAUCUUGAUGGAGACAGAGAAAUGAUUUUGGCUAGGUACUUAUUCCCGCUCAUCUUAUUCAACACACUGGCUAAGGCGUGCACGGCAACUUACUUACUCAUUGACAGCUCAAGGGACAAGGACAAAGCGUCCACAAUUCGAUGGAAUGGCAUGCAACAGAUUUUGGAAGAGGCUUGUGCCGAUACGUUAGUCAUCAUGGAUGCAGCUUACUACCCAUCAGCAAAGAUUGUGCGGCAACGAGGUGUUUUGGAACUGCUUGCUGCCUCAGCAUCCGAGGACCAUGCUGCGUCUCUGCGUCGCUGUGCGUUUACACGUGGUCUUUCGGAACUGCUCAGCACUCGAGCGGCACGAUCUACACCACUUUCCGUAGUAGAGUUGCAUGCAAUACUUUUGUCGCACUACCCCAAGAUUGCCCGGGACAGCAACCUGGAACGAGAGACCAUCACCACAUUUCCCGUCCCCCUUCACACGAUGAUGUCCGGCAAUUCGAGGCUGCCUUCGAUAUUUCUAUCUCCUGUCCACCACCAUAGCAGUCCGUUGCGAAAUAGCUUCUCAUAUGAAAACUACCCGCAGCUCCACCUAUCAAUUAAGCUCUUGGAUGACAACGUCGACGUUGAAAGCUGGAACGAGUGGCUUCGAUUGAUGCCCGACGGGGUUAAAGAUGUAAAGAUUGACGGCCCUUUUCGGCCAUCUUUUAGAUAA